AUACUUUUCUUUAAUUUUUAUAUUUAAGAUAUUUCUUAUUUCCACUUUUCAGAAUCAUGGCUUUUCUUUCACUUCAGAAAGAUACACUCUUAAAUUUUCUUAAUCACAACUAAUAAAACCUAAUUAAUAUUCGUAAACAGAAAAGAGGAAUAGUAGCCGUUGCCGUUACAAAAUGUGACCGUUAUAAGCUCUCAAAUUUAAAUCUAAGAAAGAACAAAAACCAUACGAACAGAAGUGAUAGCCCACCAACGUCGGAAAAAAAAAAAAUGAGAGAAGAGGAUCAACAACAGCUAUCAUCACCGGAGAAGCUAAUGCAAGAGCUCCGAUUGAAGGCCAACGAGCUUCUCCUCCGUGAAGAAUGGCAAGAGUCGGUGCAAGUCUAUACUCAGUUCAUCGAUCUUUGCCAAGAACAGAGCUCAAACACCAAUCAACACUACCCAAACACAGAUCAAAUCAACAAGCUUCAGAAAUCCCUCUGCUUAGCCCUCUCGAACAGAGCUGAAGCACGGUCCAGGCUUAAAGACUUCACUGAAGCACUCGAAGAUUGUGAUCAAGCAUUGAAAAUUGACAGUACCCAUUUUAAGGCUCUUCUCUGCAAAGGAAAAAUCUUGCUCUGUUUGAACAGGUACUCUAUGGCUUUGGAUUGCUUUAAAACAGCUCUUCUUGAUCCACAGGCUAAUGGGAAUCUUGAAACCUUAAAUGGGUAUGUGGAGAAAUGCAAGAAACUUGAAUUUCAAUCAAGGACUGGAGCUUUUGAUCUUUCAGAUUGGGUGCUAAAUGGGUUUCGUGGGAGUUUUCCGGAGCUCGCUGAAUAUAUUGGCCCUGUAGAGAUUAAACAGUCUCAGCUUAGUGGGAGAGGCCUGUUUGCUGCGAAGAACAUUGAUGCAGGGACGUUGUUGUUAGUGAACAAAGCAAUUGCUACAGAGAGAGGCAUAUUGUCAAGCGAAGAUUCGAAUGAAAACGCACAAUUGAUGAUGUGGAAGAAUUUCAUUGAUGAAAUUGUAGAAUCCACCAAAAAGUGUCGAAGAAUCCAACACUUGGUGAGUACGUUGUCGACUGGUGAAGAGGAAGAAAACCUUGGGGUGCCUGAAAUGAGCCUCUUUAGGCAAGAGGCGGAGGAGAUCAGUAGCAAAUCAAAUGAAGAGCUUGAUAUGGUUAGGAUGAUGAGCAUAUUGGAUGUGAAUUCUCUUGUUGAGGAUUCAGUUUCAGCUAGUGUCUUGGGGAAGAAUAAGGAUUAUUAUGGUGUUGGGUUGUGGGUGCUAGCUUCAUUCAUCAACCAUUCAUGUCAUCCCAAUGCUAGGCGCUUGCAUGUAGGGGAUUAUGUAUUAGUUCAUGCUUCAAGGGAUGUGAAGGCAGGAGAAGAGAUCACAUUUGCAUAUUUUGAUGUGCUUUUGCCAAUGGAGAAAAGAAGGGAAAUGUCAAAUACAUGGGGUUUCCAUUGUCAUUGCAAGAGAUGCAAGUUUGAAGAACAAUUCUGUUCUAAGCAAGAAAUGAAAGAGAUUGAGAUGGGAAUAGAAAGAGGAUUAGAGGUAGGUGGUGCAAUAUUCAGGCUAGAAGAAGGCAUGAAAAGGUGGAUGGUAAGAGGAAAAGAGAAAGGGUAUUUGAGGGCAUCAUUUUGGCCAUCAUAUUGUGAAGCAUAUGGGUCAGAGAAGUUGGUGAAGAGGUGGGGAAGACGGCUUCCUGCUGUUGAUGUAGUGGUGGAUAGUGUUGCAGAAGCAACAGGAAGUGAUGAGAGGGUAGUGAAAGUGUUGUUGAUGGGAGGAUUAAGAAGAACUGCUAAUGUGGUGGAGAUGGAGAGAGUAAUGAAAUUGGGAAGAGGAAUAUAUGGAAAAGUGGUAAAGAAACAAGCAAUGAAGUCUCUUCUUCAACAUGAAGUUCAUGAACUAAGCGGCUGUUAAGCUACAAUAGCUAUUCCAAGAAAAGGAUUUUCUUUUUAUAUUCUAGUCAUUUAUGGUCUAUGUUUUCAUAAAAUAGUUUAUUUCUUGCAUAAAUGGCAAUCAAUCGUUGGCCCA